AACCUUCUUUUUUUCUCAAAUGUAUAACAGAUGUUUAACACGCAUAAUAUCAAAGAGGGAGCGGGUGAGGUUUUAAUUUUUCGAGUGUCCGAAAACGAAUCCGUUCCAAAACAAUCGUCACGAGCUAAAGGUCAGCCAAUCAGAUGGGCGGAAGUUUAACGUUUCGGUAAUCCGGUUCAGACAUGACAAGUGCGGCCGACUCAACCUGACCUCACUCCUGAUUUUUCUGCCCUGCAGGCUCUGAAAACUACACUUUGCACCGUUUCACCACCGUGCCGGACCGCGUGUGGUGCCUGCCGCGGUGGACCGAUGCGUGUUACGGCUGGACGCUUUUGUGCAGGAGGAGCUUUUUUCCCCCUUUUUGUGAGCUAGUUUGGUCGGUCAGUCAGCGGGGAUGUUGUGCGUGGGGGAACGGGAUGAGCAGCGAGUAGCCUGACGCGUCCUCUCACCGCAGGCCGGACGGACUGUUUCAGUUGAGCCCAGAGGAGCCAGACACCCAGAUACCCAGAUGGGAGCCAGGAAAGCGCCGGGAAGCUAGUGCUAAUAAACAGGGUGCUUGGAUACAGAUAGCCCUGCUCCAAACUGCCUCACCAAUUCCUGCUGAAAGUGAGACCCGACCAGCCUUCACGGUGGAAACUAGAAGAAGAGCAAAGAUGAAUGCCGUGCGGGGGGGCACAGUCACCUGGCGUCCCCAGCCAUGGCAGGAUGGGGAUGGGGGAGGAGGGGAGCCUCUAUCAGACAGCGACUCAGAGGAGGAGGACUUCCCAGAUGACAGCACCACACCUUUAGGAGACUACAUCACACAUGGAUUGAAGCAGCUCCUGGACGCUCAGCAGCUGUGUGAUGUUACUCUGCUUGUCGAAGGGAAAAAGUUCAUGUGUCACAGAGUCCUAUUGGCGGCUGUGAGCCCGUACUUCCGGGCCAUGUUCACCAGUCCUCUGGUGGAGUCUCGCCUCACUGAGAUUCGACUGGAGGAAGUGACGCCGUCUGUCAUGGAGACAGUCAUCCAGUUUGUGUACACCGGGGAGGCGGGUCUCUCUCUGGACACGGCUGAGGAUCUGUUUGUGGCUGCCAACCGGCUUCAGGUCAUGCCCCUGCAAGACCUGUGCUCCAGGUUUCUAUUUGAGCACCUCUCUGUGGAUAACUGUCUGGGGAUGUACUCUCUGGCUCGCUCUCACCACGAUCAGCUGCUGCUGCGUGCCUCCCUGAGGCUGGUAGCACAGCACUUCCCCCGGGUGGCCCGGCAGAAAGACUUCCUGCUGCUAGACCACGGCACUUUAGGCAGCCUUCUGAGCUCCGACCGCCUGGGGGUGGAUUCAGAGGCGGAGGUGUACGACGCGGCACGCCGCUGGGCAGAGCACCAGCCCCUGGAUCGCUACGCCCACAUGCCAGCACUGCUUCACCACCUGCGGCCGGGACUGCUGUCACAGGAAGAAAGCCGAAGACUGAGCCAGGAGUUGGGCCCCGCUGCAGCUGGAGAGGGCCUCGGGGGGCCUCUAAGACCACGGGAGGGCAUGUUUGAGAAAAAAAUAGUGUGCGUGGACCUGACACCUCGGGAAGAUGAGAAUUUAGUUGCCAGAGACUACACAGUGGACUGCUUUGAUCCUCGGACAGGGAAGUGGGAGAAGUUAGCAGCGCUGGGUUCGCUGGUCAGUCCUGGCUGCACAGCUGUGGGUGACAGACUGUUUGUAGCUGGAGGGAUUCUACGGACAGGCUCUGUGUCUGCAGCCGUGCAUGAAUACGAUGCUGUGUUGGACCGCUGGAUAGAGAGGCCUUCGAUGGCCCAGCCCCGGGCUAUGCUUGGCCUGCUGGGCUGUGGGGAGUCACUCUAUGCCUUGGGUGGCAGUAACCGCUCAGCCCUGCUGGACUCCAGUGAGAUCCUGGAGCUGUCUACACUCCAAUGGACUCCCGGGCCGCGGUUACCGCUCCCUCUGCGUGCUUUCGCCUGCGCAGCGCUGCGCGGACGACUCUACCUGCUGGGUGGAACCACACUUGAACAGAACCGGGCCGUGGUUCACUCCGUGGUUCACUCAGGGGUGCUUAUUUAUCACACCUUGACAGACUGCUGGACACGUGUGGCACUGGACUCCGGUGCCACCUGCCUCGCUGGAGGUGUAGCAGUGCGAGGAGGAGUCUGCGCCAUAGGGGGAUACAUGAGGGAUACCACCAAGUUCCUGGAUGGAAACUACACCAACCUGGAGACUUUAGACGCCACAGGGCGCGUGCUGUUUUUCAGAGAGGGCCGAGGGUCUGGAGUAGAGAGGGAAGUGACCGGGGGAGGGGUGAUGGUCACAGCGGAGCAGCGGGGCGGUGCAGGUGGCGGAAGCGACCGAGCCCCGAGCCCUGUGGUUUUUCCUGGGCUGCCGAGGCGGAUCGCAGCCGGGGGGGUGGCCAGGUGGAAACGGAGGAUUUACGUGCUGGGCGGGGAAAACGGCUCGCGGUUCUACGACAGCGUGUACUGCUGGAAGCCCGGCUGGCGCAGCUGGGUCCAGAGACGUGAGAAACUCCCCGGAGACACUGGAGGGGUGAGCCAGUUCGGGUGCACCACUUUAAAAUUCCCCAAGAAACACAUCCUGUCCAGACUGAGACUAGCCAAAGAAAACUGCAAGAAGGCGGCUGACUAGUGCUGGAGGGAGACGAGCCGAGGCAGCCGUUCACGGAACACAGAGAUGAGCUCCGGGCUGAGUUUGAAUUAGCUCCUCCUUGACCUCAAGAAAUGUUGCUGUUCAAAUGAAAUCACAAUGAAAAGACCAUUUUAUACAAUCCGAGAGCAGCCACACAGUCGGCCAACAAUGGAUUCAAUGCAAACAGAUCAUGUUCAUUUUGUUAUAGCAUAUCGUCAGAUGUACAGGCAGAUAGCAUGUGGGGACAGAAACGUGGUCAAAGUCAGGCAACACACACCUGAAUGUAACCUAAUUUCUAUUUCUCAGAACAACAAAGUCCUUAAGUUAGAAAAAAGGGCCCCUUUAAAAUUAUGUUCUCAACGUGUAACAUUAUUUUCAGCUUUUUUUGCCGGUGUGAUAGUUUUGUCAGGAAAGUCAAAGCAGCAGCCUCUAGGUUAGUCACAAACAUAUGCACAUUACAGACUGCUAUGUUCCACUUUUAACAAAACUUCUUAGAAACUGAAACGCAUACAUUCGAUGUAGGAUAAAUGCGUAGGCUUGUGUUGUUUACUUCUGAAAUUUAGUGAGUAAUUUUUCUAAAAACGGAAAUACAUUUUCUGUUUCAAAGUGUUGAUACUAGCUGCUGCUGUGAGUGGACACAAUCAUUCCCCCUUUUCACUCACUUUCAUCUGUUUUUCAUGUUAAAUGUGUUUUGAGAGUAAGCACCUUGUUUCCUUGCACAAUAUAGGCCUGUGUAAUUGUUAGCUCAAUGAAAGGCCGUACAAAUAACUUGACUUGAGAGGAAACGUAGUCUAGCAAACGCAUCAUGACAUCAACUUUUUUUUUCUCUCUCUCUGGGCCAAGAAACGUUUUAUUUAUGAAUUUUUAUUUCUUUCUGUUCUGUCUUUGCCUCAAUACUUGAAGCCCAUCAUAGCAAAGACUGGGUAGUUUCUCAUCCCAGGAAGUCUCCCUGUGUACUUCAGUUCAUUUUUUAUAUAAAUGAAGGACGUCGAUCUAACGUCUGUGACAACUUGUACGUUUCAUUGGCUCAUUCUGACCUACAUGUCCCAAGAUGCUCCUUGGUGCUGGUUCAGGGAGUAUUGAACUAUUGCAAAGCCUUACUGGCCUCACACACUCACCUCCAGAAGGUGGAUUUUAAAGUGUUUAACACAGGCCACAGCAAUUUUUUUUUUUUACCUGGUUAAAAACUGUGCUUAUGUUUAAUGUUUUAAAUGCUCUUAAGGUGCUGCCUAGUUAAAGAUGUGGAACAUAGCAGUGGGAGAAAUGUGCAGACAGGGCUAGAUCGAAUGGAAGGAAUGACGAGGGAUGCACGAUAAUAUUGGUAUGUCUUCGGUAUCGGUAAGCCGAUAAAGGCUUUACAAUGAAAUAUUGGCCCGAAAUGAAUACUUGAAUUCGUCACCUUCUCCCCCUCCGCCGCCUGGCUGUGCUUCCCUCCGUGGACUGUUUCACGCUGUUGGACGCAUGGGCUUCCUCCGCAGGCUCCAAAGGCCGGGGUUAUCCGGCCCCAAGGAAACACCGGAUCAUCAGGGUGAAACAGUCCGUGGAGGUAGGAAACACAUCGGGUGACAUGAUGUACCGCUCUGUUUGAAAAAAAAAAAACAGUGUUUGGCAACUGGUGUAUUAGUGCCACCUUCUGCUGCCGGAGCAUGAACCAGAGGUUAAAUCCUACACAUUAAUGUUGCCUAUCUAAUACAUUGUUUGACCCAUCUGGCAGGUUCUUAAAAGUUUCACUGCUGAGUUCUUCCUUCACAUUUUAUCUUUCUUGAUCAUGCAUGCGUAACGGCCUCCUCAGCCAGGUGGAGAAAAAAAAAAAAAUUCCCAUGUAUUGGCAUCGGCUGAUUUUGAAAAUAUCGGCAUAUCAGAAAUCGGCAAAAAAAAAAAAAAAGUCCAAUAUCAUACACCCCUAAAAAUGAGCUGUGAUAGCCUUCCAGUCAUUCUGUGUGAAAUCUUACAAUGGAACAGUGGUGUUCUGUUAGUUUCUGCAACAAAACGAUCUCACUGUAACAUUACAGUGACAGCGAUGCAUUCAUAGGGGUGUGGUGCAGCCCAAUGUGAGGAUGACCUUCAGUAUCUUUGUGUCUGGACUGUCUGUUUAACAGCCUUCUUACAAAACCUUCAAGCCAGUUGUCUUUACUUGAUUCAGCAGCUGUCCAUUUUUUUUUUUAAAUUUGUUUAAGUUGCUCCAGCCAGGACUUUUAUUUUGAAUGUAGUCUGCACCGAGGUUAUAAAUUAUCUGAACACAGUAGCAUUGCACCUUAUUUAUUAAAGUUUUUUUUAAAGUUUUUUUUAAGGUUUUAGUUAUUUGAAAUGGUAACUCUGACUGCAGUGCUUGGCCAUCAUAUAGGAUGGCACUGUAAGCUUAGGACAGGCCCCACAAAUAGAAGCUUGAUAUAUUUAGAUGUGAAAGGUGCUGAGGUCGGUAUAGUAACUCAACUCCCAAAAAUCCCAGCUUAAUGACAGUAGAAAGCUUAGCCAGAAAUGUAAGCACAUUGUUUUGCUGCAAGCUCCACUUUUGUUUUUUUUUUCCUUAUUUAUUCAAAUUGAUCAAAUCCAGAUACUACUGCGGGGGAUUGGAGCACAUUAGAAACGCCACCAGCUGUGUCUGAAAAUGGAAAGCUUUUUUUUUUUUACCAGUGUCGGCAUUACUUCAUUGCCAAGAUUGCAAAUGAUCAAUCGGGGCCAUAAAAUAAGCCACUUUUUGCCAUUACAAGAGCACUGUAAUUGAAGACACUAAAUGUUUCAUGUCAGGAAUGUAUAAAUUUCACCACUGUGUGCCAUGCUUUGCCCUUAGAUGUGACUUCAUGAUGAGAUUCACUGUAAAUCUGAUGUUAAGAUGUACACAGGAUGUGUUUCUGUAAUGGCAAAAUUAGACACGCCCCCCUCACACACACAAACACACACACACACACACACACACACACACACACACACACACAGAGUUCUGAGAGCCGCAAAGCAGAUUUAUUUAUUUUUAUUUAUUUAACUUUACUAAAAUAGUAAAUGAAUGCCAGUCACAAAAACAAACUAAUUUAGACUUGUUACAAAAUUUGCUUUCUUGCGUAAACCGUCUGUGUCGUAGUGCAUUCUUUAGCCGAGAGGACCGAAGCCAAAUUCAUCCAUCUUUCCCUUUUAAAAAAAAAAAAAAAAAAAAAGGGAUUUACUGUCUCUUCUCUCUCUCACCAGUACAUUUCGCAAUUUUUCAACCCAUCUAAAACUUUCCAGAGUGUUACGAUGACUCAGUGUCCCUUGAGAACAGAACGGUGGAACUCCCCUUCCCUUCCCUAAUCUAAAAGGGUUGAGUCGAGAGCAACUGGACUUCAGACUCUUUCAGGUUUCUCAUGUGACCUCAGCAACCCUGAAGGACUAAACAACCCCAUACAGAGAUUAAAUAGGCGGUACUCCCCACCCGUCAUUCAUAACUGCAGAAGAUUUUUGGAUGGGAAAUGCCUUCAGGAAGUCCAGUUGCUCUUGACAACGCAUCAACUGCUUUAUCUUUUUAUUCUUAAAAAUGACUCUUCAACCGCUUUCAUCUCCAAUUCAAUGACGACUCCACUCUGCGCUUAAAGUGACACUACAGCUUUAUUAGUACUAAAACUUAAACAUCUUUCAGCAUUUCAGCUUUUUUUUUUUCUUUUUAGCUUCUUUCACUAGUCGUAUUUAAACUGCAGCUUUUCACUGUUACAGUAUUUCAUCAGUUUCAACAUUUCAGCAGUGAUCAUGUGUACAUUUUCUUUAGAAAUAUGAACCAUUUCUAAUAAACACAUUAAAAUCAGUCAGUCAGUAUUUCUAAAUGUCUUCCGUGAUAUCUUUACAUUUUCUCGUUGGGUGUACUCAGGCGGGUUGCGAUAGGUUAAGGUGUAGCGGUGUAUCGAUACAUUAAAAACGUCACUUGUGUGUUCAUUCUGCCUUUCAGUCUGCCAGUGCCAUUAGCAGAUACAGCAGGGGUGAUUCAGUGUUAGAUUUUGGUUGUUUUUUUUUGUUCUCCUACUGGUGAGUCAAAGAAGGUCAUAAAAAAAAAAAGGACAUACUGAUCUUAAAGUCCUGGUGAUGGAGCGUUGCCAGGCGGUGGCUCCAUCUCUAGUGGUGCUGCCUUCUUGUACAGAGAUGCUGAUGGGCUCUAAACCCCUUGUUCAUGACUAGUUAGAGGGCAGCUGGGAUGUUUGAUAUUCAAAGAAUUGAAGCCUGGUGAUUAUGACACAGUGUGUGUGUGGAUCACCAUAAUGCAUUUAAAUGACGAGAAGGAACAUAUUAGGUUUGUGAAGCUUAUUUCAAUAGAAAGUUCACUAGUCGAACACACGAUGAAGACCUUUUUUUUUUUUUUUGUCCUUUUGGUUAAAAUGUGUGAGCUUAAGUUUGUGUUUUCUAGAAAAUUGAUGUUCAGUUGUCUGCUUUAUUAACCAUUCUCUGAAAUUCUCCCCCACUUGAAAUGUCAAAAACAUUUUUUACUUUUUGUGUGCUUACAGCUUGUAAGAAAUGUGAAAAGUGACUGUGUACGCAUGCACGUUUUCUAUGCUGAGGCGUAAAAUCUGUUCAACACAAGCUCUUUGCACACGUACUGUACACACACACACACACACACACACACACACACACAUCCUGUAUGUCUGUUCAGAAGAAGUAAAGCUGCCCUCAUUUGUACAAUCUAAUGAAGUUUGUGAACUGAAAGGCAAAUGGAUGUUUUGAUGAG